GUGGCCGCCAUGAAGGCUGCAGACCUCGCCUUGGUUGAGUAUGGGGAGCGGUCCGAUGACUCUUCCAACGACGAAUCAGGUGAAGCUCCGCGCACUAUGCGGCGAGUGGCCAUGGCGGCCAUCAGCGUGAGCGUCGGCAUGGCCGUGCUUGCACUCGCAGGUGUCGCCUUCCACAAGCCCGACGUGUCUUCCAGCGUGGGCACAGGACAAGAGUCCCGUCUUUGGAGCAUGCAGCCGAGCGAUGACGACACGGGCCGGGAAUUCAUGGAUUCUGUGGCGGGCCU